AUGGCGACUUAUCUGGUCCACAUGAUUUUUAUCAGAUUGUGGGUUGGAUGGCCCAAAAUUGAUGAGCCCAAAAAUGGAAAACAGAAAUCCAAAGUCCAGCAAAAUGAAAAAUACCCAAAACUGCCAGGCUGCCAAAGCCGGCAGCUGAGCCAGCUAUCCACGAAAUUGAAACCACUGCCCAACAAUCUGUUGCUGAUUGAAAACCCUCCCUCCUCCCCCAAAACUCAAAUCGGAUCGAAAAUGAGCGACGAUUCUAAGACCAGAGGACUCGCGGGCGACCAGCAGAGCCAGAACCAGAGCCAGCAGUACUAUGGCACCUUCCAAGGCGUUGCCAACUACUACCCUACGGUUCCUCCCCCACCGCCUGAGCCGGUCGUCGGUUUCCCGCAGCCGGUUCCUCCUCCCGGUUCGACUGGCCGCCCUCCCUUGCCUCCCCAUCACCAGCAUCAUCAUCAUCAUCAUCACCAUCGUGGAUACCAAACGGUCACUGGUUAUGCUGUUGUUGAGGGAAGACCUGUGCAUGAACGCCGCCUUCCUUGCUGUGGUAUGGGCAUCGGCUGGUUAUUGUUUAUAAUUGGGUUCUUUCUUGGAGGCAUCCCCUGGUAUGUUGGAACUUUCAUCUUACUUUGUGUUCGGGUGGACUACAGAGAAAAACCUGGAUAUGUAGCAUGCACAAUAGCUGUAAGUGCUCCUUCCAUGUAA